UUAUAUUUCUAGAUUAUUUUUAUAUAUUUUAAUCAAAUUAUAUAUAUUGAGGAAAGUUCAUUGGUGUUUCUGUGUGAAAAUCGCAGUAAUUUUAAAAUUUAAGCUAUUCAUACACUAAAGUAAUGUAAAAAUUUUAUGAAAAAAAUUUAUGUAAAGAUAAUUAAUGUAGAAAAAUUAAAUUUUAAAAGUAAAUGAGUAAUGUAGUUAGAGAAAAUGUUACUGUAUUAUAUGAUAGAAGGCUGGAAUCCAGAUUUGGAAUCCUGUUUACAUAUAGAUAUGGGCUCGAAUAUAAGCUCCCGAAGCCCAUAAACUUUAAAAGAAGGCGACUUUUUAAUAUUUUUAGCCCUUUAAACUUGUCAAACGACGUUGUAACCAUUGACACGGAUAAGGGUUGGGGAUGCGUGUUGAGGUCGACGCAGAUGGCCAUAUCCCAAGCACUUAUGAAUCUUGUUCUAGGGCCUGAAUUUAGUGUAGAACAGCUUGAAAUCCGGAAUAGAAGCCCAAGGAACAAGAAAAUUGAUGAAAGUAUACUAAAUCUUGACACUUUCGAGAAGUUAAUUAACGGGGUGGUUGAUUUGGAUGAAAUUUCAGCAGUUUCAGUAAUAUUAGCUCAGUUUUACGAUGAUUUAAAUGCAGUCUUCUCAAUUUACAACUUCAUAAUCGCAGACUAUGUUCUUAAAACUUGUACUAAAUUUCUACAUUUCGGACCAACGAGCGCAGCACUCUGCGCCUCAAAAAUCAUCAAUGACUCAAAUCUACCAAUUCACUCAAUUGCUUUCCCAGACGGAGUUUUUCACAUCUCUGACGUUCGUGAAAUACUGGAUGAUAAGAGAAAUUUGUUGGUUUGGGUGUCGAAUAAGAAAAAAUUGGACCGAAUUGAACGGGAAUGUGUGAAGUCAAUGUUCAGGCUAAGCCAGUUUAACGGGAUUAUCGGAGGAAAUUUGUUCAAUAAAUCGUACUAUAUAUUUGGCACAACUAAUAAAAGACUGUACUAUAAUGAUCCUCACCUAUACUGUAAAAAGGCAUUUCGGAGUUUGGAAUUUGUAGAUAUAUUCAGGGAUUUCACAAGUAGGAGGGUAAAAAGCAUGAACUGGCGUUAUUUUAACUCCUCAUUCACUCUAUUAUUUUUGUUUAAGGACCAGGAUGAUUUUCAGGAUUUCCUGGAAAACACUUUCGAGAGGAAAUCAAUCGUGGAAUCAUUCCCAUUUGAAUUUAUAACCUAUGGCGACCUCACAUUUAACUAGCUUUAAUUUGAUAAAUAAUAUA